UUGAUAAACCCUGUUGACUACUGGUGUUAGUAAAGUUAAUCGAACGAAAUCUGAGGAUGGGAAAUGAGACGAAGACCAAUGGCGGUGCUGCGGCGAGUUUGGCCGGAGGCGGAGGAGGAUUCAGAGCUAAAAUGGAACAUUACGUUUACAGUGGUGAAAAGAAGCACGUCAUCGUUGGGAUCGGAAUCGUCUCGCUCAUCUUCGGAGUUCCUUGGUAUCUGAUGACUCAAGGGUCAAAGCAUCAAUCUCACCAAGAUUACAUGGACAAGGCUGAUAAAGCUCGGAAAGCACGUCUCUCAUCGUCUCCAUCAUCUAACAAGUAGUCUGUCUUCAAGUAUGGAGUCACUGCCACACAUGUUUAAAAACUCAGUAUAAGAUGUUUAAAAACUCAGUAUAAGAUCUCUGAGGUUUUGUGGUUUAGAUUACCAAAGUCAUUCUCAUUUUCUUGAAUUUGUUUUUAAGCACCAUGUUUGGUUAUCCGUUUCUAAAUAAAAAGAUCAAGAUUCUAUCA